AUCAUCCCCUGCAGGCCACCUCCUCCGCCCACCUCCCCGGCGCCUUCCUAUCAAUCUGCCAUCUCUGCCACCCGUGACGGAGCGAGAAUCAGCCAGGCCAAGGGCCAUCAUCUUCCCAGUUGUAGCUACCCAUGAUGAAGGGAUUCAGACAGCGCGUGCUCUCACGAGCCAAGGAUAGCAACAAGAUCUCAAAAAACAAGAACAAGGACCAACCUUCCGGCACCGCCUCUCCCCACGGCGGCGCCGCCCAAUCGCCCGCUGGCACCCCCUCGUCCUCGACCCAGAAUCUUGCCGAAACUCGCAAACCAUCAAACGAUGCUCUUACACCGGGCCAACAACAGCCAGCAAUGUCGCAACACCAAUACAUCCAGCAAAACCAGGGUGCUAAUGGUACUCAAAGCCCCAACCGCUAUAAUCAGCAGGGUGUAGCUCCUAGUGUCGUCAUCAGCCCCAGCGCGCCCCACAUUCCUCCUCCCGGCGCCGCCGAAACCAUGCCUCACGACCUAGCUCCUCCCAAGGCCGGCCAGAAAUCGCUGCUGUUCGACAGACUGCAGGCCACUCCCAAAGACACCGUGCCGGAGGGCGUGCGCACUCCCAAGCGCCAACAUUCGUCGAGAUUCGACAUUUCAGACCAGAGACAGCGCGAGCUGGAGAAGCUGCCUGGCUUCCACGAGGUCCCUCCAAACCGUCGUCAAGAGCUUUUCAUGCAGAAACUCGACCAGUGCAACAUCAUCUUCGACUUCAACGAUGCAAGCGCCGACAUGAAGUCCAAGGAGAUCAAGCGUCUUGCGCUCCACGAACUGCUGGACUACGUCGCCCAGAACCGCCAGGUCAUCUCCGAGCCCAUGUACCCCAGAGUUGUCGAGAUGUUCAGCAAGAACUUGUUCCGCCCAAUUCCUCCCCCGAUGAACCCUCAGGGCGACGCCUUCGACCCUGAAGAGGAUGAGCCAGUCCUUGAAGUCGCCUGGCCCCAUAUUCAAGUGGUUUACGAGUUCUUCCUCCGUUUCAUAGAAAGUCCGGAUUUUAACACAAACUACGCCAAGCAAUACAUCGACCACAGCUUCGUCCUGUCAUUGCUGGACUUGUUCGACUCGGAAGACCCUCGCGAGCGCGAUUUCCUCAAGACCACCCUCCACCGCAUCUACGGCAAAUUCCUGAACCUGAGAUCAUUCAUCAGACGUUCCAUCAACAAUGUCUUCUUCCAAUUCAUCUACGAGACUGAGCGCUUCAACGGAAUUGCUGAGCUUCUUGAAAUACUGGGAUCCAUUAUUAACGGAUUUGCCCUGCCACUCAAGGAGGAACACAAGCUUUUCCUGACCCGCGUCCUCAUCCCUCUACACAAAGUGAAGAGCCUCAGCAUGUACCACCCGCAGCUUGCGUACUGCAUUGUGCAAUUUUUGGAAAAAGACGCCGCUCUGACUGAGGAGGUCGUGCUUGGUCUCUUGCGUUACUGGCCCAAGGUCAACAGCACCAAAGAAGUCAUGUUCUUGAACGAGGUUGAGGAUAUUUUCGAGGUUAUGGACCCCGCCGAGUUCGCAAAGGUGCAAGAAGCUCUUUUCAGCCAACUUGCAAAGUCGGUUGCCAGCCCACACUUCCAGGUCGCUGAACGUGCCCUGUACUUCUGGAACAACGAGUACUUCUGCAACCUCGUUAGUGAUAACGUAGAUGUUAUCUUGCCAAUCAUGUUUGCUCCUCUUUACGAAAACUCUAAGGGACACUGGAACAGAACAAUUCAUGGAAUGGUAUACAACGCUAUGAAACUCUUCAUGGAGGUUAACCCCCAGCUGUUCGAUGAUUGUUCUCACGACUACACCGAGCAACAGAACAACGCGCCCGAGGUGAAGAGAGUCAGACAAGAGAAAUGGGACAGACUCGCUUCUCUUGCGCAAUCAAUGAAGAGUGGUCUUCCCCCAUCGGCCGCCAUCAACACGAGUACCGUACAGAGCGCCACACCCGCACGCACAGACGACACGGAUCCGCUGCGCCUAGAACAACUCAGAUUACAGGACGACUCGGAAAGGAGACCGAAAGAGUUUGAGAGACAGACCAGCUCGGUACGUUGAUCAAGUGCGAGCAUCUUCUCUCCCUCUCGAUCAUGGGUCUGUGAAUGAGUAUAUGUUAGACUUUGAAAACACACCGUCAUCCCCUUCACAUGCCCCCAUCACAUCUUUCUUGUGUCACAUCAUCCUCUUUGUUUUCUGCUUGCUAUCGGGUCACAUCGGGGCAAAUAUAUUCCACACAAUGGCGUUGGGCG